CCCACCUCCUGCUCCUCCUCCUCCUCGUGCUUGAUGCCAACAAGCAGCUCCUCGCACUGACAGAGCUGCUCUUGUCACUGAAGUUGGAGCUCGUUUUGAGCAGAUUAUCUGGAUAGUUAAGAAGGGCAUUUGGCAACAAUCAAACAACAUAAAAGCAGCUUUAACAAUUCUACAUAUCACAGUUUUGGAGCCGGCACAAUGACAAGCACAAUACUAGAUCAACUAAGACAGAUGGAAGUAAAACUGGCAACUUUGGAAACCAAGCUGAAGGCCAGUGAGGAAAAGAUUGAGGACCAGAAGACAAAAGAGAAACCCAAGGUGGCAUUCAGUGUAGCAGCAGAUGAGGGUGGAAACUAUGGACCUUUUGAUGCUGACAAGACUAUGAGGUACAACAAAAAGAUCACAAACAUCGGCGAUGCCUACAAUAUAUCUACAGGUGUGUUUGAGGCACCUGUUGAUGGUGUUUAUUAUUUCAUCUUCUUCUUCCGUGCUGAAGGAAAACACCCAUCAGGGCUGAUACUGUGUAAGAACGACAACCCCGUUAUAAUGUCAGAUGACGGCCAGGCCAGCUAUGACCCAGCUGAUACUGGAGGAAAUGCAACAGUCCUAGAGCUAAAGAAAGGGGACGAGGUGCACAUGCGUCUGCCUAAAGGCAACCAUGUUUGGGCGUCAGAGCGCCACACCACCUUCAGUGGUUUUCUGGUCAGUCAGAAUUGAUGACUCUAGAAAAAUUAUUCUAAAAGCCUGAGAUCAAUGAUGCAUCUACAUUGAAAUUAAAAUUCAGUUUGAAACAACUGGCUGUUGACGUCAUAUUACUGUGGUGAACUAAAAUAAAUCAUCACAACAUUCAUUAAA